AUGAGUGGGGGCAAGAAGAAGAGUAGUUUCCAAAUCACCAGCGUCACCUUGGACUACGAGGGCCCAGGGAGCCCCGGGGGUUCAGAUGCCCCUGCCCUGCCGGCCCCCGCUGGGCCACCGGCCCCUACCGGGCCAUCAGCCCCUGCCCCCGCUGGGCUACCAGCCCCGGCCCCCACCGGGCCCCCACCCCGCCUGCCCAAUGGGGAGCCCAACCCCGAGCCAGGGGGCAAGAGCACCCCCCGGAAUGGCUCCCCACCGCCUGGGGCCCCCGCCUCCCGUUUCCGGGUGGUGAAGCUGCCCCAAGGCCUGGGAGAGCCUUAUCGCCGAGGCCGUUGGACGUGUGUGGAUGUUUACGAGAGAGACCUGGAGCCCCCUAGCUUCGGCCGGCUCCUGGAGGGUAUUCGAGGGGCCUCAGGAGGCAAUGGGGGCAGAUCUUUGGAUUCCAGGUUGGAGCUGGCCAGCUUGGGCCUGGGCACCCCUAUCCCACAGCCAGGCCUGUCUCAGGUCCCCACCUCCUGGCUCCGCCCACCCCCCACCUCCCCUGGACCUCAGGCCCGCUCCUUCACAGGGGGACUGGGCCAGCUGGCAGUGCCCGGCAAGGCCAAGGUGGAAACACCUCCGCUGUCCGCCUCCCCACCCCAGCAGCGCCCCCCAGAGCCUGGGACCGGGGAUAGUGCGGGCCCUUCUGGGGCUGCCACGCCCCUGCCCACCUUGAGAGUAGAAGCAGAGGCAGGAGGCUCCACGGCGGCAGCAGGAGCGGGGACCCCUCCACUGUCCCGUGUGAAGGAUGGAGCCCUGCGGCUGAGGAUGGAGUUGGUUGCUCCAGAGGAGAUGGGACAGGUGCCCCCAGUCGACUCUCGCCCCAGCUCUCCAGCCCUCUACUUCUUCCCCGAUGCCAGUCUGGUUCACAAGUCUCCAGACCCCUUUGGAACAGCAGCUGCCCAGAGCCUCAACUUCGCCCGAUCCAUGCUGGCCAUCAGUGGCCACCUGGACAGCGAUGAUGAUAGUGGCUCCGGAAGCCUGGUUGGCAUUGACAACAAGAUCGAACAAGCCAUGGACUUGGUGAAGUCCCACCUCAUGUUUGCGGUCCGGGAGGAGGUGGAGGUGCUGAAGGAGCAGAUCCGGGACCUGGCGGAGCGGAACGCCGCGCUGGAGCAGGAGAACGGACUGCUGCGUGCCCUGGCCAGCCCAGAGCAGCUGGCCCAGCUGCCUUCCUCGGGGGUCCCCCGGCUUGGACCCCCAGCGCCCAAUGGGCCCUCGGUCUGA